ACCCAACCGGUGUGUGAGACUGUGAGUGCUCUACUUUCCCGGAUGCGAGCGACUAUAGUUGAUUAACACACACGUCCACGCACAGCAGGUAAAAAAUUAGGUCUUACGCUAAACCCCUGCCCACUAACAAUACAACAUCACAACUCAACAUUUUGGAUCUGGCUUCCCUAGAUUGAUAGUGAAUUUCAAUGGCUGUUCCCGUUGAAGAAGCCAUUGCUGCUCUCUCUACUUUCUCGCUCGAGGAUGACCAGCCAGAAGUUCAAGGGCCAGCUGUGUGCGUGUCAGUAGAAAGAGGUGCAACGAACAGUCCAAUUGAAUACAGUGAUGUUUCUGCUUAUCGUCUAUCACUAUCGGAAGACACGAAAGCUCUUAAUGAACUGAAUACCCUGAUCAAUGAAGGGAAGGAAAUGGGAUCAGUGCUCUAUACAUAUCGGAGCUGUGUCAAAGCGCUUCCUCAGCUUCCAGAAUCUAUGAAGCAUAGCCAGGCUGAUUUGUAUUUAGAAACCUAUCAAGUUCUGGACUUGGAAAUGAGUCGUUUACGAGAAAUUCAGCGAUGGCAAGCAUCAGCAGCAUCUAAGUUAGCAGCUGAUAUGCAACGGUUUUCUAGGUCAGAGAGACGUAUCAAUGGUCCUACUGUAACUCAUCUUUGGUCCAUGUUGAAGCUACUUGAUGUAUUAGUUCAACUUGAUCAUCUGAAAAACUCUAAGGCAAGCAUACCAAAUGAUUUCUCCUGGUACAAGAGGACAUUUACCCAAGUCAGUAUUCAAUGGCAAGACACUGAUUCAAUGCGAGAAGAGUUGGAUGAUCUUCAGAUUUUCUUGAGCACGAGGUGGGCAUUUUUAUUGAACCUGCAUGCUGAGAUGUUCCGUGUAAAUAAUGUAGAAGACAUUCUUCAGGUUCUCAUAGUAUUCGCUGUUGAGUCACUGGAGUUGGAUUUUGCCCUUCUGUUUCCAGACAGGCAUGUUCUUCUCCGUGUUUUGCCCGUUCUUGUUGUCUUGGCAACUUCAUCAGAAAAAGAUAGCGAAUCAUUAUAUAAGAGGGUAAAGAUCAACAGACUGAUCAAUAUUUUUAAGAAUGAUCCUGUUGUACCUGCUUUCCCGGACCUUCAUCUCUCUCCUGCUGCAAUCUUGAAAGAGUUAUCAAUGUACUUUCAGAAGUUCUCUGCACAAACUCGUCUUCUCACCCUUCCAGCACCUCAUGAACUCCCACCCCGUGAAGCUCAAGAUUAUCAGCGUCAUUAUCUGAUCAUCAAUCACAUUGGAGCAAUUCGUGCUGAACAUGAUGAUUUUACUAUUCGUUUUGCUUCAUCUAUGAACCAGUUGGUAUCGUUAAAAUCCAUGGAUGCUGCAGACGUUGAGUGGUGCAAGGAAGUGAAAGGUAAUAUGUAUGAUAUGGUUGUUGAAGGGUUUCAGCUCUUAAGCAGAUGGACAGCUCGCAUUUGGGAACAAUGUGCAUGGAAGUUCUCACGGCCCUGCAAGGAUCCUAUUUCUACCGAGCCACCUGAGACAUCAGCAUCAUAUACCGACUAUGAAAAGGUGGUCCGAUACAAUUAUACUGCAGAGGAAAGGAAAGCCCUGGUUGAACUUGUAAGCUAUAUCAAGAGCAUUGGAUCUCUGGUGCAGCGGUGUGACACAUUAGUAGCUGAUGCAUUAUGGGAAACUAUACAUUCAGAAGUUCAGGAUUUUGUACAAAAUACAUUAGCAACAAUGUUGCGUACAACAUUUCGGAAGAAGAAGGACCUCUCCCGGAUCAUUUCGGAUAUGCGGACACUUUCAGCAGACUGGAUGGCAAAUACUAGCAGGCCUGAAUUGGAGUUGCAAUCAAUGCAGCAUGAACGUGAAGAGGGCAAAGGGCUUAUAUUUUAUCCGAGGGCUGUAGCACCAACAGCGGCUCAGAUUCAUUGCUUGCAGUUCCUAAUAUAUGAGGCAGUAUCAGGCGGUAACAUGAGAAAACCUGGGGGGCUUUUUGGGAAUGCUGCAUCUGAAAUCCCUGCAAAUGAUCUAAAACAACUAGAAACCUUCUUCUACAAGCUGAGCUUUUUUCUUCACAUGUUGGACUAUACAGUAACUGUAACAACUUUGACGGAUCUUGGUUUCUUGUGGUUUAGAGAAUUCUACUUGGAAUCUUCUCGUGUUAUUCAGUUUCCUGUUGAAUGCUCCCUUCCCUGGAUGCUAGUCGAAUAUGUGCUUGAGUCCCAGAAUGCAGGUCUCUUUGAGAGCAUACUAAUGCCGUUUGAUAUCUACAAUGAUUCUGCUCAGCAUGCGCUUGUAACUCUUAAGCAAAGGUUCCUUUAUGAUGAAAUCGAAGCAGAGGUUGAUAAUUGUUUUGAUAUAUUUGUGUUGAAGCUAUCAGAGUCUAUUUUCACAUACUACAAAAGUUGGGCUGCUAGCGAGUUGCUUGAUUCAUCAUUCCUAUUUGCAUUGGAUAACGGAGAAAAGUUCUCGAUUCAGACUAUGAAAUUCACUACACUUUUAAAAAUGACAAGGGUGAAGUUACUUGGACGGACAAUUAAUUUGAGAAGUCUAUUAGCCGAGAGGAUGAAUAAAGUAUUUAGAGAAAAUAUGGAGUUUCUGUUCGAGCGCUUUGAGUCUCAAGAUCUGUGUGCUAUUGUGGAACUUGAAAAACUACUGGAUGUGUUGCAGCUUGCACAUGAGUUGCUGUCCAAGGAUCUUUCAAUAGAUUCUUUCAAGCUCAUGUUGAGCGAGACACAAGAAAACAUUUCGCCUGUUUCAUAUUCUAGCCGGCUGGCAUUGCAGAUUUGGACAGAAAUGCAAAAUGAUUUCUUGCCAAAUUUUAUCCUUUGUAAUACAACUCAACGUUUUGUACGAUCAUCAAAAGUACCCUUUGCUCCAGUUCAGAAGCCAUCAGUUCCAUAUGCCAAGGCAAACUUCUAUUGUGGGACUCAAGAACUAAAUUCUGCACACCAAAGUUUUGCUCGAUUAUACAGUGGAUUUGUUGGUAUACCUCACGUGUUAUCUAUUGUAAGACUCUUGGGAUCAAAAUCAUUACCUUGGCUUAUUCGAGCAUUACUGGAUCAUAUCUCAACUAAGAUAACUACCCUUGAGCCAGUUAUUUCAGGCUUGAGAGAAGCAUUGCCGAAAUCGAUUGGGUUACUUCCUUUUGAUGGAGGAGUGGCAGGUUGCAAGAGGCUUGUAAAAGAGCAUCUUAAUUGGCAAUCAAAGUCUGAACUGAAAGCAGAUGGAGUUUGUGGUAUCAAGGAGAUUGGAACGGUUUUAUAUUUGAUGGGGCUUCUUGAUAUUGUCUUGAGAGAAGAAGACACUGCACAUUUUAUGCAAACAGCUCCGUGGUUGGGUUUGAUACCUAGUGUUGAUGGACAAAUACUACAAUCUCAAGGAUCAGGAGAUAGUCCUAUUGUUACUCUCUUCAAAUCAGCAACUGCUGUAACUGCGUCAGACAUGGGCCGCUCAAAUCCAACAUCCCUGCACACCAUAUCAAAACAAGCAGAAGCUGCAGACCUUUUGUACAAGGCCAACAUAAAUACUGGAAGUGUGCUGGAAUAUGCCCUUGCUUUUACAAGUGCGGCACUGGACAAAUAUUGCAGUAAAUGGAGUGCUGCUCCAAAGACGGGUUUUAUUGAUAUUACAACAUCAAAGGACUUCUACCGUAUAUUUAGUGGCCUGCAAUUUGAAUAUCUUGAAGAAUCUGUUCAGGUACCACCAACUAAUCAUGAUAUGCUUGGUGAUUCCGUGGCCUGGGGUGGUUGCACGAUAAUCUACUUGCUUGGCCAACAACUGCAUUUUGAAUUGUUUGAUUUCUCAUAUCAAGUACUGAAUGUUGCUGAAGUGGAGGCCGCUGCAAUAACACAAUCACAUAAAAAUCCUCAUGUUGGCCAGGGAUGGGAAGCACUGUUAGAAGCUAUGAAGAAAGCGAGACGGUUGAAUAAUCAUGUAUUCUCAAUGCUAAAAGCUCGGUGCCCAUUAGAAGAUAAACAGGCAUGUGCCAUUAAGCAGAGUGGUGCUCCCCUGCACCGUGUCAAAUUUGAGAACACAGUAUCUGCCUUUGAAACCCUGCCCCAAAAAGGUGUCUGAGUUUACUAGGUUGGCUUGGUUGUUUCUGAAUUUUAUAUUAUUUUGUAUAUUCGUUUGAGAAUUUUAUGAUUUUGGUCUUUGUAUAUCAUCCUUGCGGUUCGUACACCCGCUCUUGCUGUUAUGAAGGAAUUAGAACCUUUUGUUGGAAAUUUAUUAAUUUUAGAAGUUA